CCCUUCCCUCAGUCUCGCUGUCAGUGCCACGGCCACGGUCACUACUCUCUCUCUCUCUGUCUCUCUCUGCCAUGUCCAUGGCUAAACCACCACCACCACCACCACCACCACCGACACCCACAACCGAAAAGCCAAGUCUGAAGAAUGGUUCAACAUCAUCAUCCUUGUCUUCCUUGAUUCGAAGGUCCAUAGCCUUCCCUUAUGGCUUUGGCUUCGCUUUCGCCUUCCUCGCUUUCUCCAUCUUCUCUCUCCUCAACAAUUACUACGACUCUGCCAUUUCCUUCAACAAUCGAUCUCACUUCUCCACCGUUUUCUCUCACUUCUUCUUCUUCCCUUCUUCUUCUCCCCAGCUUCCCAUUACCAGAUCCAACACCAAUCCUCCCCGAGAAGAUGAUAUAAAAGGGUUUCAGGAAGAGAAAACAGUGAUGAAUAAUGAUGGGCUUUUGUCGAAUAAACAAGUGAAGCAACAAACUAAAGAGGAGUGGUUGGAUUCGAUCGAUCAUUGUAAUCUGUACAAUGGGUCAUGGGUGAGGGAUGAUGAUUCUUAUCCUCUGUAUGAAGCUGGGUCAUGUCCUCAUAUCGACGAGCAAUUCAAUUGUUUUCUGAAUGGAAGGCCAGAUAACAAGUUUGAGAAUUUCAGAUGGCAACCCAAUGGCUGCAACAUUCCAAGAUUGAAUGGUAGAGAAUUGUUGGAAUUAUUAAGAGGAAAGCGAUUAGUGUAUGUGGGUGAUUCUCUGAAUAGGAAUAUGUGGGAGUCGAUGGUUUGUAUUCUUAGAAAUUCAGUAGAAGAUAAGAGCAAAGUCUUUGAAGCUUCUGGUAAAAAUGACUUUCGAUCUGCGGGUUCAUACUCUUUCAUAUUUGCAGAUUAUAAUUGCUCGGUGGAGUUCUUUCGGUCUUCAUUUUUGGUUCAAGAAUGGGAAAUGGCUUACACGAACGGAUUGAAAAGGGCAACACUUCGUCUUGAUGUGAUGGAAAGAUCAUCCGAUAGAUACAAAAGCGCAAAUGUACUCAUCUUUAACACUGGACACUGGUGGACUCGUGGGAGAACCGCGAGAGGGAAGGGUUACUUUCAAGAAGGUAGCCAUAUCUACAGUAAAUUGAACCUUAUAGAGGCAUUUCGGAAAGCAAUGAUGACAUGGGCAAGGUGGAUUGAUGCCAAUAUAGAUCCAGUGAAGACGCUCGUGUUCUUUAGGGGCUACUCUGCUGCACAUUUUAGAGGUGGACAAUGGAAUUCUGGAGGGAAAUGUGACAGUGAAUCAGAGCCAAUCAAGAAUGCAACAUAUCUUUCUGAAUAUCCACAGAAAAUGAGAGUGUUGGAGGGGUUGAUGAAAGGGAUGAAGACACCAGUCUUCUAUCUGAACAUCACAAGAAUGACAGAUUAUCGCAAGGAUGCACACCCAUCAAUUUACAGGAAGCUGAAAUUCACGGAGGAGGAGAGACGAUCACCAUUGAGAUUCCAAGAUUGCAGCCAUUGGUGCCUUCCUGGUGUACCUGACACGUGGAAUGAACUCCUAUAUGUUCAACUCUGGACAAGAUAUAUUAAGGAGCAACAACAACAACAACAGCACUGAGAACAGCAGCAGAAAAGACUGUCAAGUGAUUCAUGAAUCGGGAUCCUUAUGCAUAUAGAUACAAAUGGUCCAAUGGGAGCAAGAAUUUAUAGGAACAUUAACAAAUGGGGGGAAAAUGAGACGUGACGAACUUGUCAGAGUAGAUUUAAUGGGAGAGAGAAGUGCUCAUACAAACAUGGAUUUGGUGUAGUGUUUGCAGUUCUGAUGAGGGCUUUCUCUCGCUUUAGAAAGAUUAUAACUUACUCAUGAAGUUCAUUAAAAAAAAACUGUCUGCCUUUGUUGACUGGAUGGCCUUGUUCAGAUUGAUUCUUUCAAUUGCAGUGUAAUUUAUGUAAUUCAGCCAAGAAUAUGCACUUGUUUUAUAUUGGAGAUGCUCUGUUUGAUUGCUUUCAUUGCUGCA